GGGGCGACGGCCCAGCGCUUCCAGCCGUGUCCGCACAUCAGCCAGAGAUACCCGGGGCUCUCUGGCAACCUACUCCAGCAACGUGUCUUCGAGGAUUACCAAGUGCCAGCUACCAAGCCGAGACUCAAGUUCUUCGACGAGAAUAACAACGAGGCUUUGACUCGUCACCGGCUCAACCAGCGGGACCAUGGUGCUGUGCGUGAGCAGUAUGUUCGGUCAAUCAUGCACACGGGAUGUAUCGUGGGGGUGCGCGGGCAAGCUUGGGUAAUCCAGAAGCCCUCCGACACUGACGUCGAGCAUUUCGACAUGUUGUCUGCGGCCACGUUGACCGAGGCGCUCUACGAGGCUGUCAAGCGCUGCAAGAAGACUCGCAAUCAAUUUGUCGAGAGGUCCGUGGAGAGCGGAGUGAGCAACUACAUGGCCUUCCAUAUGAACACUCCAGAUGACGUCAUCUUGUAUUUGAAACAACUCAACAACGAGUUCCACAGGGGAGCAUCGACGACAUUCUUGGAAGUUAUUCAGAAGACUGAGUCGGCGGAGGCUUCCUGGGGGGCAUUCUCGAAAGGUAAGAUCACUUCUCGCUCGUGCCCCAAAAAUGGAAACAAUACGUACGUGAAGCAGUAUUGGAAAUAUGUAGAGACACACUUUUCUGGCAGCUUCAAAAACUGGUAUUGCUACCUCAAUGCCAAGGUUGUGCGGCGCGGCUUAGCGAAAUUGGGCAUGGACGAGUCGUUCGCCAAGGAGAUGUCGGAGAAGGCAAACUUCUGCAGCCCAAGGAUGUGCACAGAAACCACCUUAGCCCAUUUCCGCAGGAUCCUCGUCGAUGUCACGAAAAAGUUCUCGGCCACCAUUCCGCCCAGGCACCUCAAGCUGAUCCUGAUGGAGCUGUUCAAGAUGGCCACCCCGAAAGUGCUGAGCUUCGACUGUCCCGACGACGAUCACACGUUCUUGAUCACCGACGAUGAGAAGCUGGACAUGGUCAUCCAUCGCCUCAAUUGUCCGAUGGAGGGUUCGCUCGCUAUCAAGGCCAAGCCGAAGGCUAAGCCGAAGCCGAAGGCGAAGCCGAAGGCGAAGCCGGAGCCCAAGGAGGAGACCAAGGGGCCCAGCGGCAAGGGCGGCAAGGGCAAGGGUGGCAAGAAAGGAAGGGGCAAGGGCAAGCGCCCGAGGGCGAAGCCGCAGAGCGACUCACCAGGGCAGGAGUCGCAGCCCUCGGCCGACAUCAGCGUGGACGAGUCCGCCCAAAUUGACCUCAUGGCGGAUAUUCUUGGCGAGUGCGAAGAGGGUGGGCUGGCCGAGGAGUUCGGGGCCGAGGAGGAAGAGGAGAUGCAUGGCAACGAGGACGAGGGCGAGGGCGACCACCGCGGCGACGACGGGGAGGGCGCGACCACCAUCACCCGCAAGAAGGUAUUUUUGGAGGACCUCUAUGACACCGUGGCCGGCGUCAUCGGAGAUGCCCCCGACGAGUUGGUGAAAGCGUCCGUGCUGCAGACCACCUACCACAAUGGAUUGAUCUUCAUGGUAACCAAGACGGCGCCCGAUCCCCAGUUCAAGGCCGCCGAGUGCUGGAAGGACCUGCGCGGUGACCUCGCGCUGAACAUCAGGCGCACUCACAACGACAUCGCGGCAAAGCUGGCGCCUUUGUCGAAAGAUGAGGACAGGAGGCAGAAGGGCGGGCAGCUCGCGCUGGAGGAUAAGGCUGCGAACGAGCCCAGCGAAUCCGAUCUCUUCAACAUCAAGAACGAUCUCCAGGUGAAGAGGCACACGAACGCUCUGGCAUCGGUGGGUGCGUCCAAGGAGGGCGAUGACACCUUUGACACCAAGAAGGCGGUCGCUGCGUUCUUUGACAAGUACGAUACUGAUGCCCCGAUGUCGAUGCGGAUGAUCUACCAGGAGUUUCUCGCCGCCGCCUUCAAGCACACGAAGGCCAAGAGGGCCGAGAACGCUAAGAGGGAUGGCGUUACCAUCAACGACUCGAAGCUCGAGGUGCCAGAGUUGAUGCUGGCCUUCGCCGCGGGCUUCAAGGACAUCAAUUUCAGCAAAGAGUUGGAGAAGAUCACCUUUUCGAGCGGCUACAUCUUGCCAGACGCCUUCCAGGAAGAUGAACCGCUGGAGGAUCCGCAUCUGAAAGCUCUCUUCACCAAUUUGGGCCAAAUAGACUCUUUCUGCAGCUUCAGGCCCGAUGCCGUGCUGGGCGCUCUGAAUGCCAUGGCCGUCGGCGAUCAUUCGCAAAGGCUGGUUACGAGUAAGAACCUCGGGGCCUUGGUUCGGCACAUCAGUGACUCCGAGAUCUUGCCCGACAUCGUCAUGAUAGACAACCACCUGAAAAUCGAGGCCGAGACGGACGACAACGAGAGCUGGGCGGUGUUCUGGACGGCCCUGCUGACUGUGACCAACACCAAUCAAGUGCCGGCUAUCCUGGAAACGUAUUUGAAACUGUUCAGGGACCGAGAGUCCGCCCAGAACGAUGCAGAUUACGCCAAGCAAAAGGAGAACGAGGGGGCGCUUGUGAGCACUGAAAGCACCCGGGGCGACUCAGGCGAACCCGCGAGGAAGAAAGCCAAGACGAUGUCUUCCGACUACCAGCCCGUGACGGAUAUCUACUUCGAGUACCAGGAAAUGAUUCAGGUGUUCGACAGCAAUGGCCGUGCGAUCACUGAUGCGGACGUGGCCGAGUCAAAGUCAAAGGCUGAGAUCGAGGCGCUGAAGGCCCAGGGGCACAGCGAUGUUGCCAUCCGCGCGGGAAUGAAGUUCAAGCCGGCCCCGGGCGCUGAACAUUUCAGCAUGGCCACUCUGCACCUGGCCAUCGCCAAGGCCGAGUUUCUCAUCAUGGAAGCUGCCCUGGACAGGUCCAAGGACACGGCGGACGCGGGGCUCGACAAGGUCAUGGCUACGACGACGCCUGUCUCUAGCGGUGCGCCCACGUACAUUUUCGGAAACCCAUGCGACCAGUCCAUCAAGUUGCACUUCUACGGCAAGGUGACAUGCGUGCCUGGUCCCGGUAGCCUACUAAUCGGCCAGGUCUUCGGCGUCAACCUCUACAUGGCGUGCCCGGUGUCGAAAUGCUUGACGGCGUGUUAUUUCGCCCCAUCUUGGCUUGUGAGGGUCGCAGAGGAGAACGAGGACGGAAUCGCCAUCGAGCCACCAAGCGUGAAAGUUUGCAGCAAGAAGCUGAAAGUCGAAAUCAAUGUGGGCGCCUGCCUCAUGGGGCCACCGGUGCCAUUAUCGUUCGACGUGAACCUGUACUGGCUCGAGUGCACGGAGGACGCCAUCAAGAUGCAGGGCCCCGUGGAGCUCGCGCGCCCCAGGAUCGACGGCGAGAUCGAUGCCACGACGAUGAAGGCGGCCUGGAUUAAACAUAUGACGGAGACCAUCAGGGCCCGCAAGCCCCCGAAGCAGACUAAGAACGUGCCGACGGACGCUACGCCCGCAGAGUGGGCA